CCCUUUAACAUAAUUGGACGCUGUUAACUCUAUACCUUUACCUUCGGCAGAACCCAGAAGGGCGGUCUGGCGCCAAAACAGUUUGCUGAACUCCUGCAGGUUACUGGACACCAGCUACUACAUCUUAUUACAUAUCACACCAAAUAUUAUAAGUCACAAGCGCUUGGGCGCUACGAAAACGCAACGGGUGAACGUGGUCUGACUCCCGAUGGCCGGGUGCUGCUCUUGCAAUAGCCGGACAAAAUGUUUUGUCUGGGUUCUUUGGCUGGUCAACCUGCUGGUCAGCGCCGUCUACCUGGGCAUAUCUUUGACCACCUUCUAUAACGUGCAACAUGGCUACAAGUUUGUGGUGAACGCUGACCGGCCCUACAAGGACAGCUCACUGGGUGCCUGCAUGAUGGGUUUCCUGAUGGUGCUGUUCUGGGUCAUCUUCAGCUUCUUCAUCCUCAUUGGCCGGCUGUUCUCCGCGAUGCCUCUGGGCUACGGCCUGAUGCUGGGCAGCUGCAGCCACACGGGGCUGUUCAUGAUCCUGGCGGGGCUGGUGCUGCAGACGCACUACAGCCUGGCGGAGGCGUUCCAGAAGUCGGGCAUCUGGAGCACCGCGGACCUGCAGACCUACACCGCCACCUACGUGUUCAACUACGUGCUGGCCGGCACCUACCUGAUCAUGUUCAUUGUGCUGCUGCUCACAAAGGGCGACAUGCAGGCCGGCGAGGCGAGAGGGGAGGCCUACGUCGCCAAGCCGGCCCCAGCCGUGCCCUCCGCCAUGGGCGGCACCGCCACCAGCGGCACAGCGCCUACGCAGGUGCAGAUGCCGACGUACGACAACCAUGGUUUUGGGACCAACUGGCCCAACCAGUACAGAGGAGGCAACGUUUGAGAAAGGGCGCCGGCACGAUUUCGCUGCAGCCUAGUAGAUGGCGUAGUGCAAGGCGUUGGACGUGUUUGUUGUUGGUUCAUGUGAGCAGUUCUUAGUCAUGAUUGUUGUUUAAAAUGUGAACGGGAUCAAUGUGCUAGUGCCUAGCCUGGUGUGCUUUCCUUUUGUUUGAACGGGACUUCCGAACGGGUUGCUGAACGCAAAUGGCCAUACCCAAGCACAAAUGAAAGUGUUCGUGUGUUUGAUAUGUGGUGCGAGAUACGAUAUAAGUGGCGCAGCCGAGUUUGUUGGUUGUUGCAUGCAUGAUGGAGGAGGGUAGGGCGCAAGGAGGAAGCAGCGGAUGCUUCUGUACAUACGACAUGACAGUUACGGAUUGCUACCGGCAUUACUGCAGUAAGAAGGGUGAUACCGGUAGUUGGCAGUGGCAGGACCUAGGGGCCACCGCAGUCAGUGAUGAGCAAAACGCCGGUCCGAACGUCCGCUCGGGGCCGCUACAUUUGCAGUCCUCACAUGUCACUGCCGGACUGGCUUU